AUGUCUUUUUCCUCUUCUUCAUCAUUAUUGAGGGACAACAAUAAGGACGUACCUCCGCAAACGUAUCAUCAACUAUCCUCACAAAUUGCCAGUUUAAAUUUGCCAAUCAUUAAUAGAAGUUCUUCUGCAGACUUAUCAAUAUCAAUAACUGCGACAACAAUUGCAACGACAACAACAGCUGCAGCAACAACAGGAGCUAUAAUUGGUAUAGGAACCGAAACUGAAGAAGAAACAAUAAUUGAAACUGGAAUAAAUCAAAUAUUAUUACCAUCAUCAUCAAUAUCAUAUAUGGAUAUGGAUCAAAAACCACCAACAUUUCAAGAUUAUGGUGCAAGAACAUCUGUACCACCACCGCCACCACCGCCACCACCACCACAACAACAACAGUCAUCACAACAACCACCACCACAACCACAACCGCCACCACCACCACCACCGCCACCACCGCAAUCACUUUAUAGUGUUGGCCCAUCGAACUGUUACAAUUCAUUACAAUCAUCAACUAGCAUAGCUGGUAGUAGUCAUGAUUUUACUCGUGGAACUACCGCGCCAAUGUCUUCAUAUUUUUAUCAGAAUUCAUUCCCAACAUCAGCAUCAGCAGCAGUUGCUGUAGCUGCAGCUGCAACUGUAUCCGGUACACCAUAUGGUACCGGCGCAACCGGUGCCGCUACACAUUUCAUGUAUCAUCAACAGUCAGCUAGUUCACCAGAAGAGCAUUCAACAAAAAUUAUCGAAGGUGGUGAAGUUAGGAUUAAUGGAAAAGGCAAACGUGUACGAAAACCACGAACCAUAUAUACUAGCUUACAAUUACAAGAAUUACAGAAAAGGUUUCAUAAGACGCAGUAUUUGGCAUUACCGGAAAGAGCCGAACUUGCUUCCAGACUGGGACUUACGCAAACACAGGUAAAAAUAUGGUUUCAAAAUCGUCGUUCAAAGCAUAAAAAGAUGUCCAAGAAUGGAUUUAGCAGUGAUCGACAGGGAACUGAUGAUGAGGAAGGUGAAGAGGAAGAAAGUAGCUCAGUUGAUGGGACAAUAGCUUCACCUGCUCAACAACAACAACAACAACAGCAACAUCAACAUCAACAACAACAACAGCAGCAACAGCAUCAUCAUCAACAACAACAACAACAGCAUCAACAACAACAGGGUACCACAUCACCGGUAUUAGAAGGUGGCUGGCCACCAUUACAUCUUGGUACACAUCAUGGUGUCACAAGUGGUCCACUAUCACACAUGUCACCAGCAUCACUGCAUCAAUUACCACAUCAACAACCUACCCAGUUACCUCCUUUUGAAAAAUAUUGCGAACAGGUUGACGUGAAACCUUAUGUUUAUGAUCCAAUGGCGGGCUAUCAAUGGCAACAACCUAACAGUUAUAUGCCACCUAAUUAUUAUAGUAGCAUAUGA